AAGCGUCCCGCCGCACUCCGUUUCCUCUACGUCAUCAGUAGGCGCCAUCCCGCCCCCUUAGUGUUCAAGCUCCAGGCGCGCGAGGUUCUCUUUUUUUUCCAUCUCACGAGUGGAGCUUUCUCUACGUUCCCCGAAAACAUGUUUCCAUCCGUCUCCUCUCCGCGGACCCCGGGGCCGGGGACCCGAAGGGGUCCGCUAGUCGGAAUCGGGCCGGCGUCCACGCCUAGGGCGAGCAGAAGGGGUCUGUCUCUGGGGUCUGCAGUUAGCUCGCCUGUGCUGUUCUCUCCGGUAGGCCGGCGCAGCUCGGUGAGCUCUAGAGGAACACCUACACGGAUAUUCCCUCACCAUUCUAUAUCAGAGUCUGUGAACUACGACGUGAGAAUGUUUGGAUCGUCUCUCCCUGUUAAAAUCAUGGAAGCUCUGACACUGGCUGAGGCUGACGAUCAGCUAUCUGUCCACAUAGAUGAAGGUGGGUGGGCUUGCCUGGUGUGCAAAGAGAAACUCCUCGUUUGGAAGAUUACUGUGUCACCUGUCACUAAGUUAUCUGUUUGCAAAGAACUCCAGCUGCCCCCUAGUGAUUUCCACUGGAGCGCUGACCUGGUGGCACUCUCUUAUGCUGCAACCUCAGGUGAAGUACAUUCCGUUCAGGCUGUUGCUGUCAUGGUUGCUACCAAAGAGGGGUCCAUCCGCUACUGGCCCAGCCUCGCCAGGGAAGACACCUACUCAGAGACCUGUGUGGAUUUGGGAGGCGAGAAGAUGUGUAGGUUCCUGACAGCAGUGCAGGGAGGAAGUUUCAUCCUGUCCUCUGUGGGGAGCCAGCUAAUUCGACUGAUUCCUGAAAGCUCAGGGAAGAUUCACCAGCACGUCCUGCCCCAGGGCCAAGGCAUGCUCUCAGGGAUUGGCCGAAAGGUUUCUUCCCUUUUUGGGAUUCUGUCCCCUACGAGUGACCUCAUGCUGGCCAGUGUUCUGUGGGACAGAGGAAGAUCGAGUUUCUACACCCUGACAAGUUCAAACAUCUGUAAAUGGGAACUGGAUGAUUCUUCAGAAAAACAGGCUCACAGUUGGGAUAUGCACAGAGCCCUGAAGGAAAGCAUUACUGAUGCUAUUUGGGGAUCUGAAAGUAACUACGAAGCUAUUAAAGAAGGGGUCAACAUUCAGUAUUUGGACUUGAAGCAAAACUGUGAUGGGCUCCUGGUUUUGGCAGCAGCGUGGCACCUGGGAGACAGUCCCUGCCUCAUCUAUUACUCUCUGAUAACAGUGGAAGACAAUGGUAACCAAAUGUCAGAUACCGUCACCGUAGAAGUUACUCAGUACAACCCACCUUUCCAGUCUGAAGACCUGAUUACGUGUCGACUGAUGGUGCCAAACUUUUCAAGCCAGAUGACCUAUCUCUAUAUGGAGAAUGCCAUUUUCGUGUGCUCCACAGGGACUGGGAAGUUUUCUCUUCCUCAGGAGAAAAUUGUCUUUGAUACACAAGGAGAUGGCAUUUUGGGCGCUGGCUCCUGUGGCGGUGUUCCGAUCCUUUUCUCUAGGAACAGUGGUCUGGUGUCUGUCACUCCAAGGGAAAGUGUGUCCCUAUUAGCAGAGGACCUGGAAGAGUCUUUGGCCUCUUCAGUUGGUGGACGGGGCAGUGAGAGUAUGGUUUUUGAGACCACAACAAAAAAUGAAACUGUAGCCCAUGAAGAUAAGACAAAACUACUUAAAGCUGCAUUCCUACAGUACUGCAGGAAAGAUUUGAGCCGUGCUCAGAUGAUGGCUGAUGAGUUGUUUUCCUCUCACACUGACUUGGAUUCGGACUCGGAGUUAGACAAGGCUGUGACUCAGAUCAGCAUGGACCUGGUGGAUGACUACCCGGCCUCUGACCCACGGUGGGCAGAGUCAGUCCCCCAGGAGGCCCCUGGGCUGAGCAACACAUCACUGAUCAUUCUGCACCAGCUGGAGGACAAGAUGAAAGCCCACUGCCUCUUGGUGGACUUCCUUCACCAAGUCGGCUUGUUUAGACGUCUGAGCUCUUACCCAAUCAGAGGGACGCCCAUGGCGACCCGGCUGCUGCUCUGUGAACAUGCAGAAAAGCUGUCAGCUGCCAUCACACUCAAAAACCACCACUCCCGGCUGCCUGACCUGGUGAAUGCAGCUAUCCUGCUCGCCCUGAACAAGAGGGAGUGUGAGGUCCCAUCCAGCCUGACUCCUGCCGAUGUCUUCUUUCGAGAGGUGUCCCAGGUGGACACAAUCUGCGAGUGCCUGCUGGAGCAUGAGGAACAAGUCCUGCGUGAUGUUGCAUUGGACUCUCAGGAGUGGGCAGAGGUGGCGAUCCAUGUCAAUACAGUCCUCAAGGACAUGCUACAGGCUGCCACUCAUUAUCGCCUAAACAGAAGCUCCAUGUACAUUCGGGAAGAACCACUAGGGGAGGAACCAGAGUAUGUGCCAUGGACAGCUACAAGUGGUCCGUCUGGUAUCCGCACAGCAAUCAUGCGCCAGCAUGGGAUCAUCCUGCAGAUGGUGUACCCUCAAGCUGAUAGCAACCUCCGGAGCAUUGUAAUGGAGCAGCUUGUGGCACUGAUUGACUGCUUUCUGGACAGUUACGUUUCCCAGCUGAAGUCUCUAGAGAAAUCCAGUGACCAAGAAAGAUACAGCAAUCUGGAAGUGGAAUACCUGCAGAAGAGAUCGGAACUCCUCUCUCCCCUUCUCACACUAGGCCAGUAUCCAUGGGCAGCUUCUCUGGCAGAGAAGUACUGUGACUUUGAUAUCCUGGUACAGAUGUGUGAACAGACAGACAACCAGGCCCGACUCCAGCGCUACAUGACCCAGUUCGCUGACCAGAAUUUUUCAGACUUUCUCUUUCGUUGGUACCUGGAAAAAGGAAAGCGGGGCAAACUAUUAUCUCAGCCCAUUUCUCAACAUGGACAGUUGGCAAAUUUUUUGCAAGCCCAUGAGCAUCUCAGCUGGUUACAUGAAAUUAAUAGUCAAGAAUUAGAAAAGGCUCAUAUGACACUGCUCGGUUUGGCAAACACAGAAACUCGUUACUUUGCAAAGAAAAAAACCCUUCUUGGCUUGAGUAAACUGGCUGCAUUAGCUUCAGACCUUUCAGAGGACACGCUGCAAGAGAAAAUUGAAGCAAUGGCUGAGCAAGAGCGCUUCCUGCUACACCAGGAGACCCUGCCCGAGCAGCUGCUGACCGAGAGACAGCUGAGUCUUAGUGCGAUGCCUGUGUUGACUGCACCACAGCUCAUCAGUCUGUACAUCUGUGAGGAGAACAGAAGAGCCAAUGAGUACGAUUUUAAGAAAGCCUUGGACUUGUUAGAAUAUAUUGAUGAGGAGGAAGACGUGAGCAUCGAUGAGCUGAAGCUGGAGAUCCUAUGCAGAGCACUGCAGAGAGAUGACUGGUCCAGUUCAGACGGUAAAGAUGAUCCAAUCGAAGUGUCUAAAGACAGUGUAUUUGUGAAGAUCUUGCAGAAACUUAUAAAAGACGGCAUCCAGCUCAGCGAAUACUUGCCAGAGGUGAAGGACCUACUUGAAGCAGAGCAGCUGGGAAGCCUCAAGUCCAACCCUUACUUUGAGUUUGUUCUCAAAGCAAAUUAUGAGUAUUAUGUCCAAGGACAGAUGUGACCUUUGUAGAAAUGGUUGUUCUAAAAUUUGUAUAAAUAUUUGCAUAUAAAAAAAUUUGAGGCUGAAAAAACUAGGUUUUAAUCAACUUGAGGUUCAUAUAGUUUCAUCUGUGGCGGCCGGGUUUUUUCAUGCUUUAUUUGGGAGCUAUAAUAUAAAGUAGGGGCAUAAUCCUAAUUUUCUUUCAGUUGUAACAUAUUUUCUUCUCAUUUUCCACGUGAAGUCACCAUUGUUUGUGUUACUGCCCUUUCUCCAGCCCCCUUGGUCCAGUGAGACAUGCAGUUCUCUCUGGCACUGUCCCCUUGUGCACACUAUGCCUGUUUUGAGGAUUGUAAGAUUGAGUCAAGUUUGGUGGCAUGCACCUAUAAUCUCAACACUAGAGCCUGAGACAGGAGGAUACUGAGUUCAGAGCCACUCUGGCCAACAAAGCAAGAUCUUGUCUUAAAAAACAAAACAUUGCUCCCUUACCUCUAAUUGGUCAUCCAAUACCAGCCCUUAAAUAAUAUACAUAUAAGUAAUAUUUUAUGGACUGAGCAGGUUGUGUUUAUAUAGUUAGGUCAACAAUUAAAAGAGGCCUUGAAUUUGAGAGCAGUGGAGCAGGGAAUAAUAUGAGGUGUUGGAGGGGACAGGGGAAGGGGAAAACAAUUUAAUUAUAUUUUAAUUUCAAAAAAUAAGGAAAACCAUGUUUUUCAAGAUUGCCCUACUCAGUCUCUGGAGUCACUGUGACUCUGGGUGUGGUACACUGAGAAAUCUCUGGGAUGCUGAGCCAGAAGGAAGUACCUACUUAGCAAAAUGAAUGUCAGGUUUUACUGAGUUACUAUAUGACUGAGAAACCAAAACUGGGUCUUAACUCAUGAGAGUUGACAGCUGGUAACUCAUUGGAAAUGUUCCUCACGUUUUGCAUUGAUUAAAACAAACAAACAGGGGCUGGAGAGAUGGCUUAGGGGUUAAGAGCACUGGCUGCUCUUCCAGAGGUCCUGAGUUCAAUUCCCAGCACCCACAUGGUGGCUCACAACCAUCUGUAAUGAGAUCUGGUGCCCUCAUCUAGCCUGCAGGGAUACAUGCAGGCAGAACACUGUAUAUGUAAUAAAUAAAUCUACAAACAAACAAACAAAACAUUUUAGAGGUCUCAUUAUGUAGCUCUGGAUGAUCUGGAAUUCACAAUUCACUAUUGUAGACCAGACUGGCCUCAGAAUCACACAGAUCACCUGCCUCCUAAGUCCUGGGAUUAAAGUUCACCACACCCAUCAAUAAGG